AUCGACUUUGUGCUAUGUAACUGACACAGUUCCGCGUACCACAUAGAACUCUUGAAAGUGAACUCUCAAAGUUUCUUUUUAUUUUAUGAUGUAUUUGUCUGUCAGUGUUUGCCGAUGCGGAGAUAACGCCAUUUGUAUGUUACGCAAAGUGCGUAAAACUUUAUAUUGAUAAUAUUGCUGAGGAAGAAUUAUGCAAACUUUAAACAAUCUAAAUUUUUGUAAAAAUCAUAGAAUCAAAAUAUGCUUAUCUUUUUUAUGCUUUUCUUUCCUUGACAGUUUCGACAUCCUGGUAAAUGGAGGUAGCGCAGUAACUCUUCAGUUCCAGAGAAACCCAUUCCAUCCAAUAAAACGAACUGUACUUGUCCCUUGGAACGAUAUUGUUGUUAUGCCGCCUGUGGUGAUGUCUGCGUUGAUGGAUGCUGAUUCUCCAGCUGUGCCUUAUCCAUCGGAAGCUUGUAUGGAUCAUGAUUACGACUAUAUGAAACCUAUCGUCUAUCAGACUUGGAGACCUGUUUCUGAAGGAGGUUGUACUGAAAAUAGUGCAAUUAUCGCUGAAACACAGGUCUUACAGGAGAGCUUGUCCAUUCCUGGUUCGGACUUGCAUUUAGUUUACCAUAGCAGCCACGCUCAUGGAUAUCUCUCUACUAUACACUUGCAACUAACCCCUAGCAACAUAACAUCGUCACUUCGUUUAGUGCACCUCAAUAUCAUUAUUGAAGGCAUAUUUUUCAAAAAGGUGUUUGAAGCUGACCCAGAAAUCAAAUUUACGUACGCUUGGAAUAAGAGAAAUGUGUACAAGCAGAAGAUUUAUGGGCUUACGACAGCAAGAGUUUUUGUGGGUUACGAGUACGUGACAUGCCGAGACGUACUCUGGACAUCUCAUUCCCUGACACUCAAAGGCUAUGACAUGGACACGUCAGAGCUUGGAGGAUGGAAUUUAGAUAUACACCAUCGCUAUAAUUUUCAUGAAGGUGUGCUACAGAAAGGAGAUGGUACGACUAUCUACUUCCGGCAGCAACCAAGAGUAAUAUCUACUCUGAUGGGAACUGGUCAUCAGCGACCAAUGCUUUGCCCAGAAUGUAAUGGAAUGGCAAAAGAGGCCAGGUUACUGGCACCAGUUGCACUUACUUCUGGACCUGACGGUAGCGUUUAUGUGGGAGAUUUCAAUCUCAUCAGAAGAGUAACACCCAGUGGACAAGUCUACACAGUUUUUAGAAUGAGAACUACCGAUAUGUCGACUCACUACCAUAUCACUCUUAGUCCAACUGACAGUCAUCUGUAUAUUUCUGAUCCUGAACGGCAUCAAAUUCUCAGGAUACAUUCUCUGGAUAAAGUCGAAGAUCCCGAAUCCAACUUCGAUGUGGUGGUAGGAAGUGGGGAUCGCUGUUUGCCGCGUGAUCGUGACAACUGUGGUGAUGGAAAACCAGCCUUGGAGGCAAGACUGUCCUAUCCAAAAGGAAUGGCAGUUGCUGUAGACAAUACGUUGUAUUUUGCUGACGGGUCGAAUAUACGAAUGGUGGACAGCAGAGGGAUUAUUCAUACUUUAAUUGGUGACCACCAUCACAAAAGACAAUGGAGGCCGAUUCCUUGUUCAGGAACUCUGAAAAUCGAAGAAGCUAAACUGCGAUGGCCAACAGAUCUUGCAAUAAAUCCUUUGGAUAACUCGUUGUAUUUUAUUGAUGAUCACAUGGUUCUGAAGUUAACUCAAGAUCGCCGAGUCAUGGUGAUGGCAGGACAUCCUGUUUACUGCAGACCUCAACAAAGUCAUAUGAGAACACGAAUUACUGGUGGUAACUUAUUAUGGUCUUUAAUUGGCUUCACUUUCAGUCCUACCGGUACUAUGUACCUCGCGGAAGUAGACGCAAAGAAUGUGCAUCGAGUGCGCAUGCUAACACCAGAUGGAGAAUUACUUCAUUUCGCUGGAAGAGAAGGACUUUGUGACUGUGACUGGCAAAACUGUACAUGCUCUGCAAAAGACGAAGGCCAGCUUGCGGUUGAUACCAGAUUAUUAUCUGUUACAUCAAUAACUGUCACUGGAGAUGGAGUUGUACACAUAGCAGAUCAAGGAAAUUUGAAAAUAAUGUCUGCCAUUCCUUAUCUUCCAGCAGCAGAUAGCAACCAAGAGUUUCAAAUCGCAUUCCCAGAACACCAUGAGAUAUAUAUCUUUAACAAGUAUGGUCAACAUAUUACUACAAAGAAUGUGUUGACUGGUCGAACAGUUUAUAACUUCCAUUAUAAUGUAAACACCAGCUUUGGGAAGCUUAGUGCAGUCACUGAUGCUUCUGGCAACAAAGUUGCUUUCCUGAGGGACCAGGGUAAUAGCUUACACACAAUCGAGACUGCCAGAGGCCAGAAGUGUCGAGUCCAAAUGGGAAAGCAGGGAACUUUAGAAGUGUUCGUAGAUCCAGAUAAUAUGGAGACUGUAUUCGAUUACGACAGUAACGGAUUGUUGACUAGUAGGUCAGAUGCGGCAGGUAGAUCCUUUUUCUAUGUCUACGAUGAGAAUGGGCGCUUGACACAAGUUAUUAAGCCCAGUGGUCAGGAAACUUUACUGACUUUUGAUCUUAGUCCUGAUGGAGCUUCAGUGGUGUCUACUGAUCAAAAUAAAGGCGAACACUCUAUAGUGACAGUAAAAGGAAACACUGUUGUAAGCCAGCAAG